AUGAGUCUCGCCGUAUUUAACCCGACUAACGUUCCUAGUAUGCUUGUCAUUUGCCGCGACCAAGGGAUUCCUCUACCUGCCGGUGCGAUACUGAUAUCUCCAUGGGUUGAUCUGACGCAUUCGCUUCCCAGUAUCGUCAAGGACAAUCCUGGAGACUAUAUCCCUCCGCACGGGUUUCUGCACAAGCCGUCGGUGGCCUGGCCUCCACCGAAUGAAGACGAAAUCAAAGAGAUCAAGAGAUCUCUGACAGAGAACUUUGCAUCCAAAGGCGAAAAGAAGAAUCAAAAUGGUGGCAAGACAAGGAAUACAUUCGCUGUAGACUCCCAGCACCCGACAAUGGGAUAUGGGCGCCCGCCUCCAUCCUUUGUGAUGAACGGGAAAACAAUCGAAGUCAAGGACCAGAUACAUAUGUACACGACAAACGACCUUCUCUUUCAUCCUCUCGUUUCUCCCAUUUUCCAGCCUUCCCUCGGAGGUUUACCUCCCCUUCAGGUCAUCAGUGGUGGCGGAGAGAUGCUCCGAGAUGAGCAGUUUUACGUUGCGCAUAAAGCUGCUAACCCUAGUGCGUACCCACCGAACGAUACCAUCAUUGAAGAGUUUGACCCGCAACGCGAGACACUGCACAAGUACCCUGGUACUUACGUACAGCUUCAGGUAUGGGACGACCUCUGCCAUGUUGCCCCAAUCCUCAGCUUUACACGUCCUGCCAAGUACAUGUUCCGAUCAAUAGCUCAGUUCGGAGCCUGGGCCUUGGCACGCGCACAGGACUCUAGCAUCGAAAUCAUGAAUGAUGAUGAGAUUUCCCCGAUUUCUUCUAGUGAAUCCGAGAGCUCUGAAGAGUCAACCACUGGAGAGAGGGGCAAGGAUGCACAUGACAUCGCCUCCCCUACUGUUGGAAAGGCCGGCGAUCCGCUUCCGUCUUUCAAAGACCGCAUGAUACGCCAGGGCGUCAACAAGAGAGGCCAUAUAUACCCUCUUGACCCUCCCCACGCAUGUCCAGUACUACAAAUACCUCCUUCCUCAGUUGGUACAAUCAACCCGGGGCUCCUCAUAAAGUGGAUGUUGGUGAAAGAAGAGUGGGACCAUAGAUUCGCCAAAGAAAAAGCUGCCGUGCACCAACAACGACUCCAAGGCCUAGCGUUUGGAUUCCAGGAUUUCGACGGUGAGACACCGCCGCCCAGCUCUCUAGCUGCAAGAAGGUUCGCUCCUGGUGCGCUACCACCAAAGGGCCUUCGGACGAGCUACCUUAUGUCCAUGUGGAGCAAGUUUGCCAGCAAACACGACAAGAGGACAAUCAAGAGAGAACAGGAAAUGGAGAGCCGCUCGCAACGAACCAGUGUCGAAGCCGGAAGAGCCGGUGCCUCAAUUGAGCAAGGCCAAGAAAACAAGGAGAAGAUCCCUUCCUUCCCAGUACAAGAACAGCAAAACGAUACAACAUCCUCUACCAGCCAGGUACCUACGAAUGGGGAAGCCUCCGGUUCAUCUAUAUUACUCCCACCAGUGCCCCCAGACAAACCCUUUAGCCCUCUUAUUGUUCUCCCAAACUACGAAGGGAAGUCUAAUGACGAGUAUGAAAACGCAAGCACAAGAGCGCUCUUCCAUGUACCAGGGACAAUUCCGCGUGCCGAUGACGCCAAGAGCACGCAGCGCCCAAUCUCACGGACUGGCUCGAAUACGAUACGCAGUGGCUUCACCUCUGAGCCAGGAGAUGAUACGAGCACAAUUGGGGACGAAAGGUCCCUCGCGGUUACUAGCAUGGGGGCUGACGCUGCGAGUACGCGAGCCGUGCUCAAUGCAAGAGGCGUUAUCAGCCUCCUGAACGACGAUAAUUCGGCUUACCAUUCCGUCGAUAGCCUUCCUGCUACUCUUUCUACGAACGGAGUGGCGUCAGAGGCACAAAAAUGA